AUGACAUUGACACUCUCGUCUGAACAGCGUCAAGCUCUCCUUGAUGGCCCAGCUGCCUCUCCCCCGCCGGGAGUCAUUCCCAAUCUUGUUGAUCCUCCAAAUCUGCAAGCCGUCGGGCGGGCUCUAAUUCUCGUUUUCUGGAGUCUGGCUUUGAUCACGUUUGCUAUCCGCAUCUACACCAAGGUUUUUAUUAUUAGAUCCGUCAGAGUAUCGGAUUACACCAUGAUUGUAGCUUGGGCACUAUCUAUCGGCUACUUCCCAAUCGCAUGGAAAGUCGCCGACAUUGCCCCAGGUAUAGACCAAUGGAAUCUGCAAGUCAAGAACCUGAUCGGAUUGUUACAUUGGUUCCACAGCGGCCUCGUCAUGUACUCCAUCAUCAUCUGCUUCAUCAAGGUCUCCAUCCUCCGCCAAUUCCUCGAAAUCUUCAGCCUUAAACGAGACUACUUCUUCUGGACCUGCCACUUUCUCAUCUGCAUUAAUAUCCUCUACUAUACCGCCUUUACCUUCACGAUCAUCUUCGCCUGCAACCCCAUCUCCAAAUACUGGGACGUUCUAAACACAGAUGGCAAAUGCCUAAACACAGAACUCCAGAUGUUCGUCGCAGGAAUCAUCAACAUGAUAUCCGAUCUGACAAUUUUAAUCCUCCCUCAUCUCAAAGUCUGGAGACUCCAGAUGUCGCCCCGCAAAAAGCGCGCCGUUUCUGUAGCGUUUCUAUUCGGCUUAAUCGCCUGCGUCGGCUCCUCCCUGAAAAUCUACUACGCCGUACGACUCCUCAAAACCAAAAACAAUCAAUCCUACCAAAUCUACCUCCUCGGCGUCUGCACACUACCCGAAAUCGGAGGCGGUAUUAUAGCAGGCUGUCUGCCAUCGUUACCCAAAUUCUUCAGACACGUUCUACAAACGCCUCUUCUAUCAAGUUACAAAUUCUAUGUCAGUAAACUUCUCUCAGCGUCCUCGAGGUGGUCUUCAUCAUCAACUGUCGCUCGAUCAGCUGGGAAUUCCGCUGGAGGGGAUCAGGAUCGGGAUCGGGAUCUCGAAGCAGCGAAGAAGAAGAAGAUUCAAUUCGAUGAUCAAUACCCGUUGACUUCGGUGGUGAGUUGUCCGGGUAGUGAGACUGUUGAUGGCUCUGUUGCGACGAUACAUUCGACACAGGAGUUUACGAUGGUGUCUAGCCGGGGAAAAGGAUGAGGCCAUAGGGAUUGGGAUCGGGGAGUAAAAGG